CGUUUAGGGUUAGCUUUUGAUCAUCUCCAUCUCUUUCUCUUUCCUCGUCGGCAUUUCUUCAUUGCUGCUUAGGCCUCCCGGGCUACGCUUGAAGUAGUGCGAGUCAGUAAAACCUCCUUCCACGACGUAGGAUCGGAAGUCACGACGGGAGCUCGCUCGCUGCGAAGGCCUGCAAGCUAAUGUAACUGCUACUUUGUACUUUCAGACUAUUGCAGAAUUGUUUUCCAAUGGCUCUUUCAUUCGAGAUUGUUGGGAGGUUUAAUCGUGCACGGGCAGCUCAAUUAGCACUCCCUCAUUUUACAUGUCAAACACCACGGUUUAUGCCUGUGGGGACACAAGGUUCUAUAAAGGGUCUAACUAACAACCAGCUGGAGGAAAUUGGUUGUCAGAUCAUUUUGGGGAACACAUACCAUUUGGCUCUUCAUCCUGGUGCUGAAUUGAUAGAUGAUAUCGGCGGUCUUCACAAAUUUAUGAACUGGAAAAGAGCAUUACUUACUGAUUCUGGUGGUUUUCAAAUGGUUUCCCUGUUGCAUUUGGCUGAUAUUACUGAAGAGGGAGUAACGUUUCAGUCUCCUGCUGAUGGUAAACCUAUGUUAUUAACUCCGGAAGAGUCAAUCCGCAUCCAGAACAAAAUAGGAGCUGAUAUCAUCAUGGCUCUUGAUGAUGUUGUAAAGACCACAAUUACUGGCCCUAGAAUCGAGGAAGCUAUGUAUCGAACUCUUCGUUGGAUUGAUAGAUGCAUAGCUGCUCAUAAAAGACCUGAAGUGCAAAACCUAUUCGGUAUUGUACAGGGAGGACUUGAUCCGACUCUCAGAGAUAUAUGCGUGAAGGGCCUGGUUAGUCGCAAUUUACCGGGCUAUGCUAUUGGCGGUCUUGCAGGAGGUGAAGAUAAAGACUCCUUUUGGCGCGUUGUAGCACAAUGCACUGCUGCCCUACCAGAGGAUAAGCCUCGCUAUGUGAUGGGUGUUGGUUAUCCGCUAGAUAUUGUAGUUUGCAGUGCGCUAGGUGCAGAUAUGUAUGACUGUGUUUAUCCUACACGUACUGCUCGCUUUGGCACGGCACUCGUACCUGAGGGUAUAUUGAAGUUGACGCACAUGGCAAUGGCCAGUGAUGUACGCCCUAUUGAUUCGACAUGUAUAUGUAUGGUAUGUAAGAACUAUACAAGAGCUUACAUUCAUUAUCUUGUUACCAAAAAUGCCAUGGGUUCUCAACUUCUAUCAUAUCACAAUCUUUCAUAUAUGAUGAGGUUAAGCCAGGACCUUCACACAUCAAUAAUAGAGGGCCGGUUCCCAGAGUUUGUGCAAGGAUUUCUACGUACACAGUUUCCGAAAGGCGAUGUUCCAGUGUGGGUAUGCAAUGCCAUGGAGGUUGCUGGUAUUGAUAUCUCAUCUUGCUGUGCUCCAUUCCAAUCACCUCUUGCUUAGCUGAACAAUUUCAACCAUAGAAACUGGAGCUAUAUGGAUUUUCCCACAACAAGUAAUUUAUUUUUAGGAGAUUAUUGUCGAGUCCUUGUAAUUUUUAUCCUUUUACAAUUCUAUUGUCCUUUGCAAUUUUGUUCCAUCAAGGCACCAGUCAGGGAGUAAUUAUUGUGUCCGGACACUAAACGCAUCCAGAGUUCAAUAAAAAAACGCCACGUCAUUGGGCGCUCGGUAUGCUCGGUACUGAGUCCGGACACAAUAAUUUUUCCAGCUAGGAGGGAGAAAAUAAUAGAAAUAGUAAAAAUAGUAUUGUUGAAAGGAAUUUGCCGAUUUUGUUUAUUUUUCUUGGAAAUUCUAAAAAAUGUAAGAAAUAUUAUUCGAAUAUGACUGUGGCAUGAGGGGCCUAAAAACCACAGAAAAUUUAAGAGGAUGAGGAUGAGUGGCAGAUUUAACAGGGAAAAAAAAACAUUAAUUUUUGAAGAA